GGGCCAGGCAGAACAAUUAUGUAACUUUGCUUGUGUUUUAUUCCACAACAAACAAUAACUCCCCGACCAGAGUCUCAAUACAAGUCUCCUCAGUUUCAUUUGGGGGUCUUCCUAAAUCUCCAUACAAGAAAUCUUUAAUCCUGUAUGUGAAGUAAUUAUAAAGAAUGGAGGAAGCUAGAGGAACAGAAGCAGCACCCAUACCAUUUUCAGAUAAUGUUCCUCCUUCUUCUCCUAGGACAUCAUCACAGGCUGAUUAUCAGAAAAGGGAAUCCUCCAAUAUGGUUUCCGGUUUGGGUCCAAGCAUGAAACGAGCAGAUCUUUCCCUUCAAAUACCUCCAAGACAUGAAGGCUUUGGAAUUGGCAGAAAGUAUUCACCCCGUUCACCAGGAGGUUUUCUUCGGGCUUUAAGCUUUAAGAAGAAAGCUGCUUCAUCUGAUGGUGAGAGAAGCUCUCUCCUCAGUUCAGAUCGUAAGGUAGUUCCAGGAAGCCCUCUUUCAGCAAACCUCUUAUCCUCCUCCAAUUGGCAAAAAUGUACUUCUCUACCUGUGACCCCUGCUUCAAAUUUAUCUCCAUCAGUUUCCACGCCUAUUUCUGCUAGGACACACGGUGAACAACAAAGGUUACAUUCAUCGCUGAUUGGGGCAUCUAAAGCUAGUAUUUCGAGGUCCCUUUCUGUGCCUGGAAGAAAUUUUGUCAUUGUUAGAUCAAUGUCCUUUGCUACCCAUGAAGAGCAUGUUCCAGAUACUGGAGAUGAAAUUACUCCUGCUCCUGAGAAUGAGGAUCGGGAAAUCCCUGAAGAGGAAGCAGUUUGUAGGAUCUGUCUGGAGGCAUGUGAUGAAGGCAAUACUUUCCAGAUGGAGUGCAGCUGCAAAGGUGACCUAAGACUUGUUCACGAGGAAUGUGCAAUCAAGUGGUUUAGCAUGAAAGGGAACAAAAUUUGUGAUGUUUGUCGACAGGAAGUUUCUAAUUUACCUGUCACUUUGCUGCGGGUUUCCAGUACUAGUCAACAAGAGAACAGACUGGAGCACAACAAUUCUCAAAGAAUAAGUGCUUGGCAGGACUUUGUGGUGCUUGUUUUGAUCAGCACAAUAUGCUAUUUCUUCUUCCUUGAGCAGUUAUUGGUUCGUGACAUGAAAACUCAGGCGCUUGUGAUUGCUGCACCAUUUGCUUUUACAAUCGGUCUUUUGGCAUCUAUUUUUGCUGUCAUCCUAGCUAUUAGGGAGUACGUAUGGACCUAUGCCGCUUUAGAGUUUGCUCUUGUGGCCAUUACUCUACAUGUUUUCUACUCUAUGCUUCAAUUGCAGGCAGUCUAUUCAAUAAUGAUAGCAUCAGUUUUGGGUUUUGGUGCUUCUAUGAGUCUCAACGCAAUGUACAUCCGAUACUAUUCUUGGCGAGUCCAAAUUUCCCAAGAUUCUAACCCUGUAUGACAUGAGCAUGACAGAGAAAUGAUCAAGUUGUAUAGGAGAUAUUGAAUAUGCGUUUUCCCCCCUUAAAGAUGUAUUUUCCUUGUAUUAUUUUAUCUUGCUUCUUUUCCCAGUGAUCUUGUGUAAUGAGGUGGUUGAUACCUCAAGAAAUGUGUAUACCAACAUAGUUACAGUAGCUAUCGGUAGUCUUCUAUGUCUACUGGUAGAGAAUAGCAGCUCAAUGUAAGGCUGGGACAUGGUCAUUUUUCUGACAAUGAUGGCUGGGACAUGGCCAUUCGCAUUGCCAAAUUCUGAAGUACUGGUUUUGUGCUUUUAUUA